GAACGCUACAAGGUUUCAGUAGGGUAAUAAUGUACCUAUAUUUUUUUUAAUAAUAAUCUUUGUUAAAGAGUUGUUCUGUGAAAUGAAAAUGCAACAAUUUUAGUGUUCACGUAUUAAUUAAUACAGUCAGGUUAUUUUCGUUGCCGUUUCAUACAGCCAGUCGGCAAAAUGGCGAAGGUCCCAUUGGAGGAGGUCAGGAGGUUCAUGGAAGACUGUUUAAUGGCCGUCGGAGCACCAGACAGCGAAGCAAAAGCACACGCUGCUUUGUUACUACACGCUGAUGUUACAGGACACUUUAGCCACGGAUUAAACAGAUUGGUGUUCUAUAUAAACGACAUAGAAAAAGGUGCAACUGACCCAAAUGGGAAGCCGGUCGUGCUCAAGGAGUCGGCUGCGACCGUGCUUGUGGACGGCGGUAACGCGUUGGGUGCAACAGUUGGCAACUUUUGUAUGGACCUCGCUAUCAAGAAAGCUAAGGAAGCUGGCAUUGGAUUAGUUACAGUUAAUCACAGUAAUCACUUCGGGAUGGCAGGCUGGUGGGCUCUGAAGGCGGAGCAACAAGGCCUCAUAGGACUGGCCUUCACCAACUCUUCACCGGUUUUAGUGCCUACUAGAGCUAAACAUUCGGCUUGCGGCACUAAUCCCAUAUCAAUGUUUGCACCCGCGGCCGGCGGGGAUAGUCUAGGAGUUGACAUGGCCACCACAACUGUUGCAAUCGGAAAGAUCGAAGUACAAGUCCACAAAAAUGAGCCGAUACCAGAAGGCUGGGCGUUGGGGCCUGACGGUCAACCUACCACUGACGGGAAUUUGGCUUUGGAGGCGUCACGUCUGCUACCUCUGGGAGGCUCGGAACAAACAAGCGGCUACAAGGGCUACGCUCUGUCACUUCUCGUAGAUGUUCUAUGCAGUGGAUUGUCAGGUUCCCUAGCUUCCUACCAAGUACGGCCUUGGUCAUUGAACGAGAGCAGACAACCUAAUCUGGGGCAAUGCUUCAUAGCGAUAGACCCGGGUUUCUUCGCUCCUGGCUUCGAGGACCGAAUGUCAGAUUGUUUACAACAUUUGAGGAAUAUGGAGCCGGUGGACCCCUCUCUACCGGUGUUGGCUCCGGGGGACAAGGAGCGACAGAACAUUGAGCAGACCCACGGCAGAGGCACUAUCAUGUAUGCUCCCAACAUCAUCCAGUUGUACGAGGACCUAGCCAAGCGACUGGGAGUUCGAGCGAUGCAGUUGGUUGCUUAACAAGCAGUUUUAUAAAAGAAAAGAAAAUACAAAAAGAUACCUGCCCCUCUAGCAUGAGCAACGCGAUAUGAUAUAUAGGUCGUUGUUUUCACACUCUGUUGUCAAAUUACUAUGGAGUUUGACAGUUAGACGCGAUAAAAAUGUGAUAUAACGUAAAUUGUGGUGCACAUGCUACGGGGACUGGACCGCGUUGAUUUUAUCUAGUUAGAAAAAUUUCUUUAGAUACCUAAACCUGGCAG